CCGAGCCAUGUCUACACUCAGGUAUGCUGGCCAAAGCUAGCUCCCCAAGCUUCUUCCCUCUGGGCAAAAAAAAUGCUAUGCAGAUGGAAUGUCUGGACCUCGUUAGUUCUCUGGUAUAGGGGCGGGGGAGAUUGAGACACCCUUGAGUCUGUUCCUAGAGGAUCAAAGGCUGUCUCAAGCUUGAGAAUGUCCCUGAGAUUUCACAAGUAGAAUGACUAUACCUGGUUUUCUUAUCUGUCAUGAACACACCCAAGUUUCUACUUCCUGUUUUAAGACAGCCUCUCAUUCUUUGAAGAGACACUAUUACCACCACUGACUUUCUGACCAAAUGAAAAGGAAGAACAGAGGCAUGACCUUUUACUGAGUUGGCAUUUGUAGCAAACAGGUCAUGCAGUAAGCUGUGCCCUGUUCCAAGUACAGCUCUUGUGUGUUGCUCGCCUCAAAGCCCUAUUUUGAAAUAUGAGCAAACCGUCAGGUUAUCUAAAUGCAGCUAUCUGAAAGAGUUCCUCCCAAGCUUAUAAGAAAAAGUGCCUAAGAGAGAAGCAAACUCCAGCCUGUGUUCAAACUCUAAUUCCCAGAGGCCUUUGUUCCUACAGCCCUCCAGUCUGAACAGAGAGCAGCCGUGACUCCCAGGACUCAGAGGCAAGGCCGAAGGCAAGCACGCUGCUUCAGUCCACGGAAGCCAUGACGAAGACAACCACUUGUGUAUACCACUUCCUUGUUUUGAACUGGUACAUUUUCCUCAAUUAUUACAUCCCACAUAUUGGAAAGGAUGAAGAGAAGUUAAAGGAAUUCCACGAUGGUGGACGUUCAAAGUACUUGACACUCCUUAAUCUGCUCUUGCAGGCCGUUUUCUUUGGGGUUGCCUGCCUGGAUGAUGUGCUGAAAAGAAUCAUAGGAAGGAAAGACAUCAAGUUCAUCACAUCCUUCAGAGAUCUGCUUUUUACGACACUGGCUUUUCCUGUCUCCACAUUUGUAUUCCUGGUAUUCUGGACCCUCUUUCACUAUGAUCGAAGUCUCGUUUACCCCGAGGGCCUGGAUGAUUUCUUUCCAGCAUGGGUUAAUCAUGCAAUGCAUACCUCCAUAUUGCCCUUCUCACUGGCUGAAGCCGUUCUCAGACCACACCACUAUCCAUCGAAGAAGCUAGGACUCGCCUUGUUGGGUGCUUGUAACAUCGCCUACAUUAUCAGGAUCCUGUGGCGCUACUCUCAGACCGGAAACUGGGUGUACCCUGUGUUUGCCUACCUCAGCCCACUGGGUAUUAUCAUCUUCUUCUCAGCUGCUUACAUCCUGAAUGCUGGCAUUUACCUGCUUGGAGAGAAGAUCAAUCACUGGAAGUGGGGUGCCACAGUGAAGCCAUGGAUGAAGAAGAAAUGACCACACACUAUUUUCCAAGAGCCAUGGAAGAAGAAACCUAAGAACUGGUCAUCUUUCUGUUAUUCUCAUUAUCAUUAUUUCUUUUGAGAUCAGUGGUAGAAUAGCAUGCAGAGAUAGAAAGGACAGAGAAUGAUGCAUACAUUUAAUAAAGGGUAUGAAGGGAGCUUUGCUUGAGAUCUCUUGGUUUUCUAAAAGGCUGAUAGACAAUUCCUGAUGUAUCAGAAUCUGUUGUUGUUGUCUGACCUCCAUGGAGGAUUAAUUCUGACUAAAAAGGUCAAAGAAGCAUGUGCAAACUUGCUGGUGGACUAUGUAGAGAAGGGGUGUGGAAAGAGGAACUUAGAGUCAUCCAGUCAUCCAUCACUUUACCUUCAAGGGGGAUGGUGAGGACCCAGAUGACAAGUUAUAUCCAUCAAAAUAAUUGUCAUGCUGGAGUAGCAGUGUACAUGGGUAUUUCCAGCAUGCUGGAUGCUAAAUCAGAAAGAUCAUGAAUUCAAGGCUGUCCUGGGCAGCCAAGUAAGACCCUGUAGUGGUUUGAAAGAAAAUGGCCCCCAAAGGGAGUGGUACUACUAGGAGAUAUGGCCUUGUUGGACUAGAUGUGGUCUUGUUGGAGGAAGUGUGUCACUGUGGAUGUGGGCUUUGGGGUCCCACAUAUGCUCAAGCCAUGCCCAGUGAGACAAAUUACUUCCUGUUGACUGCCUAUCAAGAUGAAGGUCUCUCAACUCCAGCACUGUGUCUGCCUACAUGCUACCAUGUUACACCAUGAUAAUGGACUAAACCUCUGAAAAUGUAAGCCACCCCAAAUAAAUGUUUUUCCUUUAUAAGA